AACGGUUUCGUUCACUGGCUUCUUCACACUGUAAGUGCUGCUUAUAACUGCUGCUAGGCCUGAGCAGAGAAGGAUCGACCUUAAUGGCCACAACUGCGAUCCUUCUCUGCUCAGGCCUAGCAGCAGUUAUAAGCAGCACUUACAGUGUGAAGAAGCCAGUGAACGAAACCGUUUAUGGAGCUCACGGAGAGUUCAUGGUGGCUCUCAAGUACGUCACCCUCCUCACCGUCUUCCUCUUUUCCUUCUUCUGCCACUCUCUGUCCAUAAGGUUCAUGAACCAAGUGAACAUCCUCAUCAACACGCCUCAAGAUCCCAUGUCCCUGGUCACACCAGAGUACCUCCACGAGCUCUUGGAGAAAGGCUUCAUUCUCAACACUCUGGGAAAUAGGCUCUUCUACGCGGCAAUCCCGCUUCUGCUUUGGAUCUUUGGGCCCGUCUUGGUCUUCUUGUGUUCUUGCACUAUGGUUCCUGUUCUUUACAAUCUCGACUUUACUUUCUCAUGUGACAAGAAAGUGAAUAAGGAUGCCAAUGAAAAUCGUGAGAUGUAUGAAGUUUGAUUGGAUAAUAAGGUCGUGGUUCAAAGUAAUUGGUCAUAGCGUUUUCUUAUUUGAGAGAAUUAAUGAGGCAAAUUUGCGCCUGAUGAUCAUGUAUUAAGCUUUGGCCAGAAGUUUUGAGCUGGUCAAUAUCAUACAGAUUGUCCAUGUAAAAGCUCGGCACAAUAUGGUGUACGAUUUCUCCUUCA